GUGUCGGUUAGAAUAGUCGACGGUUAAAUAACACACUAAUAGCAAUCGGCUGGAGCGUGAGGUCAGUUGUGGAGUGUAGUCGACGAAGGACACUCGCGGCCGGCGCACGUCUCACGCCGAGCGUCACAUUGACCUCCGAAAUACUGUUAGUAUUAUCAGCUCUGCCAUCUCGAUACAUCACAAGGUGAGCGGACAGCAGCACAAUGACCUCCGUUGAUUAUUCCAAAGUACCGAUUAUUGAAAAAUCCCUUCAUGCACCACCCUUGGAAGAAAUAGUAGAAGUGUUAUCACAAAAGCUACCAUCAAAUUUCGAGUAUGUCAGAGUGUCUGCCGAGGAGAGUCCGGACCUCACACGGUCUCCCUACAACCUGACAUCGCCAGGUCUGUGUGGUGACGCCAAGCUGGUGGAGUUGGGUGGCCCUCCGUACCUGGUGCCCACGGUGAGACGCGACAAGCUGUAUUCCUUGACGGACUUGUUGCGCCACCUCCGCCGAGACCCGGCGCUGUUGGCGGGAGCCGGUGCCGGACCCUGGCCCUACCUCGGAGUCAACUGUGAGGGUAUCAUCAACGUUUACGUCAAAGACAGCGCCGUGUCUCAGGGUUCGCACGUGGUGUCCGUGUCGCCGGUGGGCGCGCCCAAGGGUCAGUCGUCGUUUGUUCAGGAAAAGCUGCCGGCCAGCGAGACUCGCACCGCCUUACUCGGGAACUACCUGUUGUCCAACGGAGAGCCGGGGAUGGUGAUCAAAGUAGUCGCUAAAAAACGCAUCGGCGAGAAAAACUUCAUCACCGCCAUCAGAGAGGCGCUCAAAGAGCACUAUGGAGAUAAAGUAGUAGGUCUCGGCGGGACGUUCGCGCUGCUCGAGGGUCGGGCGAAGCACCACGUGAUGCCGGACUUCUCGGCCACUCCUCUGUGUAGCGAUUCCGACGUGGACUCCUGGCUGCACUACUUCGAACACUCGGCGCCCCUCGCCCACGUGGGCACGCUGGUGACGGGCGACCUCGGCCUGGAUCUGCGAGUCCAACACUUCCACGGAGUGAGCGAGCACGGCCAGGGAGGUCACUACCACUACGACACGACGCCUCUCGCCGCGCACUACGAGGGGUACUUCACCGUCGCCGGCUCCGUCAUACGAGUCGACGCGCCCGAGAACACACACGCCAUAGGACGGGAUUGAACGGAGACCUCCACCGACCAAUAUUCAUAAUACAAGUUUUAUAUAUUA